AUGGAAGGCAAUCACCAAUUCCGCUCUUUUUCGGCAGCGUCUUCAGUCUCGUUGAAUUCCUCGUCGAACAAUGUUAGCAGAGUUCCCCUGGGCCCGCUCCUACAGCCAAAUCUGUUUAUGAAUAAAGUUUCCUCUGUUCAAGACCACAUGUUCUACCAAUGCUCGACUUUAUUGAACAGACUCAAGAAAAUCAAAGACAUUGAACCGUUCAUGGCCAGCGCAUACUCAGCGGCAGAAAAAUGCGCCGAGCAACAGGCAUUAGCGUUCUCUCAAAGCUUACAGAACCAAGAGUCUUCCGCAGGCUUUCGGGCUUCGGUUGGUUCUGGCGGAUUUUCCAUCUACCUGGAUAACUCUGGAACUUCACAAUCGAAUGCCAAUCCUUCACUGAUCAAUAGCAUUUUUACAUUUACUGCAGGGGUACUUCCUGCCAAUCUUAACGUGGACCCAGCCACACAACUCUGGAAACUAUUCCAACAAGGAGCACCGCUUUGUUUGGUUUUCAACAGCAUUACACCUGAACAUGCCAUUCCCAUUUCAUCUUCCACGGAAGACUUGCGCAUGUGUAAAAAGGCUGUUUACGAUUUUCUAAUCGCAGUCAAAACGCAUUUGAACUUCGACGACGACUUCAUGUUCACCAUAUCCAAUGUGUUCUCAGAUAAUACGCAUGACUUGCUAAAAAUAGUCAAAGUUGUGGAACGUUUACUAGACAUGGACGAUAGUAAAAGUGAUUUAACUGUCGAGAACCUCGCUUCAGACAUUGCCGAGGUUAAGAUUACAGACGAAAGAUCUAAAGUGUUCCGCGAGUUACUUCAGACUGAACGCAAGUAUAUUCUGGACCUCGAGCUACUAAUGAGAUAUCGUAAUGAGUUGCAAAAUGCUGAGGCGCUUUCCAGCGAGCAAUUGCAUGUCCUAUUCCCGAAUCUCAACGACAUUGUUGAUUUCCACAGAAGGCUUUUAUGCGGCCUCGAGUGUAACAUAAACAUUGAGCCGAAGUACCAACGUAUUGGUUCCAUAUUCAUACAUGCUUCCAACGGCCCCUUUAAGGCAUAUGAACCUUGGACGAUAGGUCAAGUGGCAGCUAUCGAACUCAUUAACAGAGAAGCUCCGAAUUUGAAAAGAUCAUCUUCCUUACUAGAUCCUGGAUUCGAAUUGCAAUCCUACAUCAUCAAACCUAUUCAACGGUUAUGUAAAUACCCGCUUUUGUUGAAAGAACUCAUCAAAGCAUACGCUGACUCAACGGACAGCCCGUGCUAUAAUGAAUUGAUUAUGGCAAAUUCUGCUAUGAAAGAAGUGGCCAAUCAAGUCAAUGAAGCGCAAAGAAGGGCCGAAAAUGUUGGCUACCUUCAGAACCUUGUGGAUAGGGUCAAAAAUUGGAGAGGUUUCAACUUGCGGGAACAGGGAGAACUCUUAUACCAUAGUGUCGUGUCUGUCAAGGAUGGCGACGGCGAGAAGGAAUACGUGGCAUACUUAUUCGACAAGAUCAUUUUCUUUUUUGUUGAAGCUAAUGUAUCCGACCCUAAGCACAAGGAGAAGAAAAAGCGUGAUAUACUAUCAUCGAGAAAGAAAGCUGGCAGUUUAUCAGGCUCAUCAGCCAAUCUCCUCGAGUCGUUGAAUAAUGCCAAGGAAAAAAGCAUACUCGAACUAAAAGGCAGGGUGUAUAUCUCAGAGAUUUACAAUAUUUCAUCAGCAAACGCUAAUGGCCACACAUUAAUCAUCUCAUGGUCAGGGAAAAAGGAGAGCGGGUCUUUCACAUUACGAUUUAAGAGCGAAGAAGCAAGAAACCAAUGGGAAACAUGUUUACGUCAUUUGAAGACUCAUGAAAUGAAUAAUCAAAUCCGCCGUCGGCUUAGAGAUUCACAUGGCUCAUGGAGUACCUACGAUUCCUAUGAUGUGACAGCUCCAUAUUCCAGUGCUUCACCAGUAUCUCAUUCAAUCCAGGAGUCGACAGUAUCCCAACCAAUUGCAGAGUCUCCAAACCACCGAUCUCCUUCGUAUCAGAGACAUAAUUCUUCGUCGUCAAAUUUUAGCAUGAUGAAAAUGAGCCGCAAUAAAAAUGAGAACACGUCGCGCAUUUCGAGCUCGUCUAUUACUAUGACUACUAACAACUCUGACACAUCUACUUCGUCAGUGUCGCUGCUUAGUAGUAUCAAGAUCAAGCUCAUCUACAAUGUCAUUGAACUUAGCGAACCCAUUUAUGUCUCGUCCAGUGUCCUGUUUCCCGAGCUCAAACUCAAGAUUCUGUCGUUCAUAGCCUCGAGCGGAGAGGUACACGAUGACAUUGUGAUUAACAAAUUCAAGUACAAAGACGAGGACGGAGACUUUGUGAUGAUGGCUUCUUCGGAUGACUGGCUGUUGGCCGUGGAUAUGGUGGAUGAACUCGCCACUCUGGAAGAUACUGGACGACUUUUGACCAUUUGGGUUUCUUAG